UGCGCUACUAUACUAGCUGUGCUCAUACCUUCUUUACUGUACUAUUUCGUCACUUGACAACUUACUUUCGACCACUCCUUAUUUUCUGUAAAGUGUCUGGAUAUACACUCUUUCAACAUGAAGAACUUCGGAGCUAUUUUGUUGACCCUGGCCGCCGCUGCCUCUUUCGGAGCUGCGCUGCCCACCCAGCCCGGUCAGGGGGCUAUCGCAGCCCGCGGCGAUGCGCAUGGCUUUGCCCUUGAUGUCAGAUUCCCCAAGAAGAACAAGAACAAGGGUGCCGCCGCCGCUGCCAACAACGGAACUGCUGCUGCUGUCGACGCUAAUGCUGCCGCCAACGGAACUGCCAACGCUGGACAGGAUGCUGCUACCGGCAAGAAGGGCAAGAAGGCUAAGGCUGCUGCUGCUAAGGCCGCCGCCGAGGAGGCUGCUGCCGCGGAUGCCGCUGCCGCCCAAGGUGGUGAUGCUGCCGCUGCAGCUGGACAGGACGCCGCCGCCGGACAAAACGCUAAUGCUAAGGCCGGAAAGGGACAGAAGGCUGCGAAGGGUGCUGCUGCUCAGAACGGGACCGCUACGGCUACUCAGGGCGCGAAUGCAAAGGGCGCCGCCGCUGGUGCUGAUGCCAACCAAGGUGCCGCUGCUCAACAAGGCGCGACACAACAGCAAGGCGACGCUCUAUCAGGUCUUCUCGGCGGACUCACAGGCGGCAACGCUGCUGGCGCCAAGCAAGGUGCUGGUGCUCAGCAAGGCGCUGGUGCUCAGCAGGGUGGUCUAGCUGGUCUCCUGUCCGGACUCCUUAAAUAAGCGUUUCUCAAAUGCUUCUACCUAAUCCGAUAACGACGGAUACCACUGUAAAUAAUAGGGCAUAGACGGGAAAGGGUUUAUUUAAUGUUUCUUCCCC